ACACCUUGAGAAACCGUAAAUGAAGUGCUGAAUAUACCUGAUCAGUUGAUUGUUUAAUAUGAUGUGCGAUAAAGCAAGGAUAUAUUCCCAUAUUGAAACUGAAACACAAAAAACUACUGACAUGUGUCACUUACCUAAACGCAAAACCUUUUCCAUAGAUGAUAUCUUAGGUAUUUCGACCGACUUAAGUUUGAAAACAAAUCGUUGUUGUGAAAUAUGCAACAUAAGUCACACUAAUGCUUCUGAAAAGGAACUCAUGGCAAUGUGUUCGUCAAAUAUGAGAAGAUGUUGCAUUAGAUCGAAAGUAGUGCCAAAUUUUGUACAACCAGGCUCGGCAAACGAACAAUGCGGCUCUGAACAUCAUUUCUACGAUAUUACUGUACGAAACGAUUCAUAUUGUAAGGUCAGUGUAAAACGUCGGAAGCAAAGCAACGAUCGUAAACCUCGACAAGCGUACAGUGCCAAACAGUUAGAAAGGUUAGAAAACGAAUUCAAGCAGGAUAAAUAUCUGUCCGUCAGUAAGCGACUUGAAUUGUCAAAGUGCUUAAACCUUACCGAAGUACAGAUCAAAACUUGGUUCCAAAACCGUCGGACGAAGUGGAAAAAACAACUAACAUCCAGAUUAAAGAUAGCUCACCGACAAAGCUUAUAUACUAAAAAAUGCUUCAACACAAACUUUCCUUUUAUGUCUUCGACAUUAGUUCAAACAUCUCUUUUAAAAUUCAAUGUGGCUGAAUUAACAGAUAAAAUUUAUUAGAGGCUUUAUUCACAAUAGA